UAUAUAUAGGAUAUGUUAUUCAUCAACAAAAUUGUUUUUGUGUUUAAAAUUGGAUUAAAAUAAUCAUUAUCGAUGCUUUAACUUAUGAUAAAUAAAAAAGAAUAUUUUGAACUAUAUGUUUUAUGAAAAAAAUGUUUAAAAUUGUAUACUGUAAAAGAAUUUUUAAUAUAAUAUUCAAGAUGCUUAGUGUAUGGUAUAACAAUUGUUUAUCUUUCAAUGCUAAUAUUUGCGAUUAAUUUUAUUUUUAAAAAUAAAAAUUUUCUACUGAAAUUUUAAGAAAUUCCAUGUAAAUAUUUAUAUUAUAUAUAGUAUAUUAGAAAAAAAUGGUACGAAUAAAAUGGUCUUUAACUAAAGCACCUAAUAUCCUUAAACUUAAUUUAAAACAGAAGUGGUGGCGUCUACAGAUCAUUACAAAAUCUUUAUUUUAUAAUGAAUUUUUAAAUUGGAGUUAUGUUUGUGAUAUACUUUUGGAACCAAUGUUCUGGUUUGUAGAAAAUUUUACUGCAUGUUUAGGACCUGUAUUUGUAGUAAUGGUAAGCCUUUUAACUGCAAGUAUUGUGUACAUUGCAUAUUACAUUGGUCUACCAUAUUGGUGGGAAAAAAGUCCAUUGAUGACAAUAAUCCUCUUAGUGAUUGGAAAUUGGUUAUUAAUAAAUGUAUGCUUUCAUUAUUAUAUGGGUGUAAAUGUUCCAGCUGGUUAUCCACCAGAAGGUGGUCUUAUACCAGAGGCUGUGAGUAUUUGUAAAAAAUGUAUUAAACCAAAGCCUCCUAGGACCCAUCAUUGUUCUGUAUGUAAUAGAUGUAUUCUUAAAAUGGAUCAUCACUGCCCAUGGUUAAACAAUUGUGUUGGUCACUAUAAUCAUAGACAUUUCUUUCAAUAUAUGGUUUUCACAGUACUUGGUAUAUUAUUCAUAAUGCUAUUUGGUGUAGAGAUUGCAUAUCAAGAAUUCUUUCCAGCACAGGAACCAGAAUUAGAUGGUCAUCCAGUGCGCAUUAAUAAUUCUGAAAUAAUUCCUAUGACUGAGUCAUUAGAUCAUCUAAGUGAAGAAGAAUUAGCUGAAAUAGCAAAACAAGCUGCAGAUACAAACAUUAAAGAAUGGAAACGCCGACUUAUAGUUUUUGCAGCACUAAUUUGUGUAGCCACAUUUGCAGCAUUAGGAGCACUUACAUGGUGGCAUGCAGGUCUUAUUACAAGAGGAGAAACAAGUAUAGAAGCGCGUAUAAAUAGCACAGAAACACAAAAGUACAAGGUACUUGGAAAAAUAUAUCAAAAUCCAUAUAAUUUUGGACCAAGACAAAAUUGGAAACUUUUUUUAGGAAUAAUUGGAAGAAAUUGGUGGCAUAUACUUUUUCCAUCUACUCAUGGACCAUAUGGAGAUGGUCUUACAUGGAAAACUAUUCAUGAUAUAAAAAUAUCUUGAGUAUAAUUUCUCUAUUAAUAAUUACAGAAAUUAUACUUGUUUUUUACAG